AUGGGAAACCAAAGCCCCGAGACCUCUCACCCAGAUGUUGGCAGAGAGACCCUUGAGGUUCUCAGUGAAGCCCCGGCUACAGUGACCUUGAGCACGGAGAAUCUCAGAGAGCAGAUGCUCGAGAGGUUCGAGAGGUACUUGAAAGUAGCAAAGACGUUCCGCGAUAGAGUGCCUAUAAGGAGACCUGGGUGUGAAAUUCCCAAGGUUCUUCUUGAGAUUGGUAAUGACAUUUUACUUAGUAGAAUGCCAGAGCAAGUCUCGCAGGGGCAACGCUAUCUUUCCAGGCUGCGUGAUGUGGUGUAUGCGGUAGCGCGUGCAAUUGCAUCCACUACUGAUGGUCUGGGGCAAGAUCGUAACGAUGGCGUUGCUCUAAAGCAAACUCUAUCCGAAGAAGUGGAGUUUCGUGGAACUCUUCUGAGUUUCAUAUCCACAAUCGAGAACGAAGUGAAUAGAAGAAAGGUACGUAAGCGGGGAGAGCGAAAGCGACCUAGUCGCAAGUACCUCGAACUUGCCGAAGUACAGGGCCUGCGUAGCGGAGUAGAACUGUAUCGGUACUUAAGGAAACUUAAGGACCAACUUAAUACUACGCAAAAUAAGAUCAAAAGUCUCGAAGCAACGAAACGUCGGUUGAGUGUCAGGCGUAGAGGAGCUUCAUAUGUGGCCAGAGAGCGCCUAGAUCGAGAUACCACAAAGGUUCCAGUUACGAGCGUACGCGAGUUCUGGAAACCCAUUGUGGGGACAGGUAAGCCUUUCUCAGUGAGCGGUGAGCUCCAGAGUUGGGCCGACGAUCUAGGGUCCUCGGAGACUCCGGAAAGGGCUCAGGAACUGACUGAGGUGGAAUGGAGCGAAAUCUUUCGCAAAGUGAAGCCUUGGAAGGCGACUGGACCCGAUGGUAUCCAGGGAUUUUGGUGGAAACAUCUUCCUGCCGCUAGAUCCGGUUUAAUUCGCUGGUGCCGACAG